UUUAAGCGUCCACAGGCGGCGGAGCGGCCACAAUCACAGCUCCUGGCAUUGGGGGAGCCCGAGCCGGCUGUGCCGGGGGAAUCCGUGCGGGCGCCUUCCGUCCCGGUCCCAUCCUCGCCGCGCUCCCGCACCCCUGAAGUUUUGCAGCGCCCAGAAAGGAGGCGAGGGAGAAGGGAGCGUGAGAGGAAAGGGAGCAAAAAGCACACCCUAAAACAUUUAUUUCAAGGAGAAAAGAAAAAGGGGGGCGCAAAAAUGGCUGGGGCAAUUAUAGAAAACAUGAGCACCAAGAAGCUGUGCAUUGUUGGUGGGAUUCUGCUCCUGUUCCAAAUCAUCGCCUUUCUGGUGGGAGGCUUGAUUGCUCCAGGACCCACAACGGCAGUGUCCUACAUGUCAGUGAAAUGCGUGGAUGUCCGUAAAAACCAUCACAAGACAAAAUGGUUAAUGCCUUGGGGACCCAACCAGUGUGACAAGAUCCGAGACAUUGAGGAAGCGAUUCCAAGGGAAAUCGAAGCCAAUGACAUUGUGUUUUCUGUUCACAUUCCCCUCCCCUCCAUGGAGAUGAGUCCUUGGUUCCAGUUCAUGCUGUUUAUCCUGCAGCUGGACAUUGCAUUCAAGCUGAACAACCAAAUCAGAGAAAAUGCAGAAGUUUCCAUGGACGUUUCCCUGGCUUACCGAGAUGAUAUGUUUGCUGAGUGGACUGAAAUGGCCCAUGAGAGAGUGCCCCGGAAACUCAAAUGUACCUUCACCUCACCCAAGACCGCAGAACAUGAGGGCCGUUACUAUGAAUGUGACGUCCUUCCUUUCAUGGAAAUUGGGUCUGUGGCUCAUAAGUAUUACCUUCUAAACAUCCGGCUGCCUGUGAAUGAGAAGAAGAAAAUCAACGUUGGAAUUGGAGAGAUUAAGGAUAUCCGGCUGGUGGGAAUUCACCAAAAUGGAGGCUUCACCAAGGUGUGGUUUGCCAUGAAGACCUUCCUUACACCCAGCAUCUUCAUCAUUAUGGUGUGGUACUGGAGGAGGAUCACCAUGAUGUCUCGACCUCCAGUGCUUCUGGAAAAAGUCAUCUUUGCCCUUGGGAUUUCCAUGACUUUUAUCAAUAUCCCAGUGGAAUGGUUUUCCAUUGGGUUUGACUGGACCUGGAUGCUAUUGUUUGGCGAUAUCCGACAGGGCAUCUUCUAUGCAAUGCUUCUCUCCUUCUGGAUCAUCUUCUGUGGUGAGCACAUGAUGGAUCAGCACGAGCGGAAUCACAUAGCAGGGUAUUGGAAGCAAGUCGGACCAAUUGCUGUUGGCUCUUUCUGCCUCUUCAUAUUUGACAUGUGUGAGAGAGGGGUACAACUCACGAAUCCCUUCUACAGUAUCUGGACUACAGAUGUUGGAACAGAGCUGGCUAUGGCCUUCAUCAUUGUGGCUGGCAUCUGCCUCUGCCUGUACUUCCUGUUUCUGUGCUUCGUGGUCUUUCAGGUGUUUCGGAACAUCAGCGGGAAACAGUCCAGCCUGUCAGCCAUGAGCAAAGUCCGGCGGCUGCACUAUGAGGGGCUGAUUUUCAGGUUCAAGUUCCUCAUGCUUAUCACCUUGGCUUGUGCUGCCAUGACUGUCAUCUUCUUCAUCGUUAGUCAGGUAAGUGAAGGCCAUGGCCUUCCAAACAUCCAAAGGGAUAUCAUUACAGAGAGUUAUCAUUUGAGCUCAGCUUUGAAGGUGAAAAUGGGAAGAGGCGAUCUGGGUGUCCACAGUGGGGAAGAACUCCAGCUCACCACCACUAUCACCCACGUGGAUGGACCCACCGAGAUCUACAAGUUGACCCGCAAGGAGGCCCAGGAGUAGGAGGCUGCAGCACCCGGCUGGGACUGUCCCCCACGCCCCAGCCCCUCUAACUAGAGUGGGGAGCGUGCCAGAGAGCUCCACGUGCAAAUGAAUGCUCUGUCUCUUAGCUGUGGUUUACUUGGACCAGCAGUGUGGAUGUUUGUCAGCUUGCCUUCUGAUGGUAACUCUUGGAGGAAGAUUCCUGCAGCCACUAAUGCAUUGUGUAUGAUAACAAACCCUCUGGUAUGACACAUGUUCUGUGAUCAUUGUUAAUUAGUGACAUAGUAACAGCUGUAGCAGGUGGUUAGUAAACCUCAUGUGUUGGGGGUGCACUCCUUGGGGGAUGGUUUGGGCCAGAUGGGGUCUAUAUGGAGUGGAAUAUUUGAUUCUUUUUUUUCCUGUUUUAGAUUCUAGGAUAGAGUUUAACAUUCUUUGCUGUCCGAGAUGGGCUGGUGUCAUAGUCUUCUUUCUCCUAGUCCAUGACCACUUUUUUUUUCCCCUAUUUAUAUCACCAAGUAGCCUAUCGAGUUAAUAUUUAAGUUGUCAAUAGAUAUGUGCCCUUAUUUUUUAUGGCAUAAUAUAAAAUAACUGAAUUUCAUGAGAAGGUCUGUUACACCAGGGGCAUUUCAGCUUUGAAACCAAAUCUGUAUAUUCAAUACUAACCAGUCUGUUGGAUGUGGGUUUUAAAAAAUGUUUGCUAAACUACCCAAGUAGGAUUUAUCGUAUUAAAUGGCCUCUGGGUCUGAAAAGCUUUUUUAAC